AAGUUGCAUCUCCACAGCCUGGAAAAGGAGAGAGGGGACCCUACUGCAUCUCCCCCAGGCCUGGGAGAGUGGUGUGAAGAACCCAGGGGGAGCAGAGGUAGCCAAGGGCAAUUUCCACUCACACAGAAUGUUACAGUUGUUGAAGGGGGAACAGCAAAUUUGACCUGCAGGGUUGAUCAAAAUGAUAACACCUCCCUCCAGUGGUCAAAUCCAGCUCAACAGACUCUGUACUUCGAUGACAAGAAAGCCCUGAGGGACAACAGAAUUGAGCUGGUUCGAGCUUCAUGGCAUGAACUGAGCAUCAGCGUCAGUGAUGUGUCUCUGUCAGAUGAAGGGCAAUAUACCUGUUCUUUAUUUACUAUGCCUGUCAAAACUUCCAAGGCUUUUCUCACUGUUCUGGGUGUUCCUGAGAAGCCACAGAUUAGUGGAUUUACUUCACCAGUUAUGGAGGGAGAGAGGAUGCAGCUAACCUGCAAGACCUCUGGUAGCAAACCAGCAGCUGAUAUCAGAUGGUUCAAGAAUGACAAAGAGAUUAAAGAUGUCAAAUAUUUAAAAGAAGAGGAUGCAAAUCGCAGGACAUUCACAGUUAGCAGCACAUUGGAUUUCCGAGCGGAUCGGAGUGAUGAUGGUGCUGUUGUAAGUUGCAGAGUAGACCAUGAGUCCUUAAACUCCACACCUCAGAUAGCAAGGCAGGUUCUAGAAAUACACUAUACACCUUCAGUUAAAAUCAUAUCUUCCAGUCUAUGGCCAGAAGAAGGACAAUCUAUAGUUUUGACUUGUGAAUCCAAAGGAAAACCACUGCCGGAACCAGUAUUGUGGACAAAGGAUGGAGGAGAACUACCAGAUCCAGAGAGAAUGGUUGUCAAUGGUAGGGACCUAAGAAUUAGUUUCCUAAACAAAACGGACAAUGGUACAUAUCGAUGUGAAGCAACAAACCCUAUUGGCCAAAACAGCACAGAGUAUGUCCUGAUUGUACAUGAUGUUUCCAACACUUUGCUUCCCAUCAUUGUCAUCCCCUCACUUACCACUGCAACAGUCACAACCACUGUAGCCUUAACAACCAGCACAGCCACAUCGGCAACAGCCAUCAACACCAGAGACCCAAAUGCUUUGGCUGGACAGACUGCACCUGACCAUGCUCUCAUAGGAGGAAUAGUGGCUGUAGUUGUCUUUGUCACAUUGUGUUCUAUAAUUCUGCUUGGACGAUAUCUGGCAAGACAUAAAGGAACAUAUUUAACAAAUGAAGCUAAAGGAGCUGAAGAUGCACCUGAUGCUGACACAGCCAUUAUCAAUGCAGAAGGCAGCCAAGUCAAUGCAGAGGAGAAAAAGGAGUAUUUCAUUUAGAUGGAGACCUAGAUUCUCUGAGUUUUACUUAUCAGGCUGACUGCUGGAGAAAACUGGCUAUCAUCUUUCAGAAUUCAUUUCUGCCAUCUUCUGCAAACUUUAUUAACUUACAUACUGCUAUAAAUAGUCAGUUUAUGCCAACAAUCAGUUGUUGACAGCAUCAUUCUUUCUUUACAGUACCAUCCACAAUGCAGGACAUUUCUUAUUGCCUAAAAUUCAUUUCCAUUGCUCUCUUAACAUACAGUGCUUGAAUAUACAGCCUUAACAAUGUUAAUCUUCAUCUUAAAUCAUGCUAUUGAGUUUUCUACAUUUUUAAAUGUUAUAUAGCUUUCUUCUUUUCCAAUUUUCUUUUAUCAUGGUCCCUAUCAAUAUGUCACUGGAUGAUUUUCAUAACAAAUACUAUUCGAUAAGGACAUAAUGUACUUACAUAAAACAUUAAAUCUAAGAUUAGAGGUUUACAAAGAAUAUUUUAUACAUGUCUAUAAUUCAAAGGCAACCUGUUUUUGAAACAUAUGCCCUAGGAACCACAAACUGAAAACAUCAUAAUAUAGUUUCUUGUAUGCUUGGAUUUGGUGGAAAAGGAGUAUCAAUACAUUGUUAAAAAUGGUACCUUGAUACUAAUUCCAUGCUUGGGUAGUAAUCACAUCAUGCUGUAUUAUCUAUACAGAUUCUGUAGAGUUAGAUUAUUGUAGCUUCAUUCUGAAACAAAUUUAUUCAACCCUUUUACUGCUUUUUGGGAUCACAAGAUUAGAUAUGUUUCUGUAAUUUCGGUUUUAAUAAUUUAUUUGCUUCAUAUGGACUCACUUGCCUAUUCAGAUAUGUAGUGUUCAUGGGGCACAAUUGCAAAGCAUUUUCCUAUCUGUAUAUAGUGCAUAUAAUAAAUCCAAUUAAACAUUAUUUGAUACAUAUUUAACUUUUUUGGCUAUAGCUAAGUCAGUCACAAGUAAGCAUUUUUUAAUGUCCAUUAUAUCCCUUUAGAUAUGACUUAAAUCAAUAUUCUGAAUAGAUAACAUGUAUUAGUAAUUUUUGUCUGUAUGUCCUAGCACUGUUCAGCAGCAAACUUUUCUAGUUCUUGUUAAUUUUUCUUUGUUAUACAAUGGAAGCACAAUGUUAUAUGGAAAGGUAGUUUUAAGCUAACAACCAGUGCACAGCCUCAGGUUUUGAAUUACAACCACAUUUGAUUAAUAUCCUUAACAAAUACUGUUAUGUUGCUAAAUUCUCAAUUUUUAAUUUGGCAGUUCCACAGCUGCUUAUCUAUGUUGGGUUGCCAAAAAAAAGAAAAGAAAAGAAAAGAAAAAAAAAAAGUUAAAUGAUAUAUGUUUUGUGUAUACGGUAAAUGGACUAAUUCUUUAUAUUAAAUUCCUGUCUAUGCAUUUUGUGGGGUACAAACUUAUGUCACAGUGAAUGAUAGAGAAUUUCUGCCAGUGCUUUUAGCUCUAUGGUGAAAGUCUCUCUUAAAGUCUCAUGUUCUUAAAUAUGACAACAAAACACUAUAAGCCCAACGGCUUAUUUCCUCUUCCACUGAAAUAAAAAUGGUGCCAGAUCAACUCUUGGUAGUGAUUCCAUGCUGGAGAAUGAAAAUCUGUGUUGUUGGGAGUUUAUCUCCCUCUCCCAAGUGUUGCACCUUUGAAAAAUAAUAUUUCUAUAUGGUUGCUAUACUUAUGAAAUCUAAAACCAUGACGGCUUAUUGUAAAGGAUUAUCUCUUGGGAUUUAUUUUUUGUGGGGGCGGGGGAGGGAGAAUCUGAACACAUCAUCAUGUAUUAAGAUAAAAUGGAAGACAAAGGUGCUGUGUCAGAUUAUUUAUCAGAAGAGUAUAAGCCUGUUAAGGAGAAUAUUAUAGUAUUUUUUUGUUUGUUUUCUUUCUCUCUUUCUUUUUGUUGAAACAUUUAUCUUGUUAAUUUCUAAGAAAGAGGGUGAUGUUGAUCAAGCAGCACUUUUUCAAAAUAUACAGAACAUAAAUAAUAUGAUGUGGUUGAGUGUUAACAUAAUAAAUCAUAUACAGUAUGACAUUUUAAAGAAAUAAGUCUGCAUUGAUGUGAUUGCAUGCUUGUUUUUACAGUUCACUCCAUACCAUCUGUGAAAAAAAUGCAAUAAUAUGUUAAUAUAGUAUGGUAGUUUGAGAGAACCAGGUAGGUGCUACUAGACACAUUGAAACUAGUAUAGGUUUUCAAGAUAUUCAUGUCUUUCAAAGCAUACACUUUUAAAAGGUUGGCAAAGGAAAUCAUUUAGUUUAGUACCAGAACAGAAAGGUUCUUGUCACAACAGUAAGUUGCAUUAACAGCAUUACAAUACUGUAUAUCUCAGUCUGAUUAGGGAGCCAAAAAAUCACUUAAGCAUGUGAGAAGUUCCACCUAAUUCAAUGGAACUACUCAUGUACUUAAAAAGUUAAGUUUUUUGCUGGAUCAGGGCCUUUUUCACUGAAGUGGAACUGUUCAUCAAUGCUGCUUUUACAUCUUUAUACAUUCUAUCUAAACUGCACUUUGCUUGAAUUGUAGAAUUGUUGCUUAAAUCAUUACUUACCAUGAUGUCAAGUGAGACCUUCAAAUGUUAGAGCAUCUUUAGACGUAACCACUCAAAGCCAACUUGUCAGUGCAGUGUAAAACUAGCAUUGAAGCAUUGCAAAACCAGAAAUAAAUUGGACCCUUAAAUUACAUUGGUUAGUUUUUAGUUAAAACUCUUAAUGUGUGCUCAUUUUCAAUAGAUUUCUGAUUUUCCACUGUCUUGCAUCUUGUGAUUUCAUUUACAUUUGUGUGAAGUGGGUGUAAAAACACUUCAACCGGUAUAAAUGAAUUGAGAAUUCUGAUUAGGUAGUUCUUUACAUCCAUCUACAUCCACAUGUUCAAAUGACUUCACUGGGUGAAAGAUAAUAAAUACAGUGCCAGGCCCUUUGUAAGCAACAUCAUGGCUCACUUAGAACUAAGUAUAGUAUUCAACAGAUAAAAACACAUUGUCUGUCUCCUUUAUACAAAAAGAUCCCAUUCAGAAAUACUGAAUCCAUUACAGUCUCAAGAAAUCUGAUAAAUGUGUAAAAUGAAAGCUCCGAAUGGGAACCAUGUUAGUUAGAAUGUUAGUAUAACAUCCACACCUACAAAUACAUGCAAUGUAAUUUACUCAAGACAAGGUAGCUAAUUACUGCCAGUUUACAAUGUCCAUGGAUUAUUUUUAACUUUCAAAUGUAGAACAAUGUUUUUUUGUUUUGUUUUUUUUGAUGCUUUGAGAACAUAAUCAUUAAACAGGCAUGUGGCAUCACAGGCAAAUGGGUUCAUCUUUCCAUUCUGUUUAGUGUCGUCAGAAAUCCAAGAAGCAGUUUAAGGAACCUGAUAUUUAAGUUGAGGCUAAGAAUUUAAUCUGGAACACUUAAAAAUGUCUUCACAUUUCUUGCACUGAGACUUCCUCUAUUAAGAAUACAUGAAGAAAACCAACUUUUCUAAAUAAUGCAUGGAAGUUAAUGUGUAUUUUCAUUAUAGCAUAGUAUAUAUAACUAUCUCAAUGAAGAGAAAGGACAGGAUCAUCUGUAAUUAUGUAAUUCAACUGAUUGUAAACAGCACUGAAGUUACCAUGUACGCACAUGUACAGUAGCUAUUUUGACAGUUACAGUGUGGUUACAUGUACUUCCAUGUAACACAGCAGUUAUAGUGUAAUUUAGUGCCACUUAUUGUAAAGUGUUACCAAAAGGAAAAUGGAACUCUUACCUUUACUAAUCUGUUCAAACUAAUGGUAAAUAUAUUAAAUUAACACCAUGAAUCUGACAUUCCUUUUCUUUAAUAAGGAGAUGAUGUAAAACUUCAUGUUCACCCCACAGCUUUCCCCACCACCUAACUAGAUUACUACAAGUGUCCAAUCUCCUCACUCUUAGGAAAUGGUAAUCUGUGAUGAACAUACCAAAAAAAAAAUCAAAAAAAAAAAAUCAGCUACUUCAAUUGAAUCAGCUGC